UCCAAAUCAAAUAUACUCACACUGUGUGAAAUGUGGAAUUUAUAGGAUGUCUUCAAAACCUUUCGCAUCUUUGGCCAAAAAGUGGAUGAAAGGCAUCAUUGUCAUUGAACUACUUGGCGUUUUUGGUGCAUAUGCACUCUUCCACGCCAUGAACACGAGCCAAGAUUUCAGGAGCACAAUGAAGAAAAGAUUUCCAUCCAUUCUGGAAGUUUACUAUAAGUCCAACGAGCUGGCGGGCGAGUACGGUGUGCGGCAGAGGGAUCAACUGGACUGGGCGACCGACGCCGGUGGCCGCUGACGGCUACUUCCUCUUCCUCUUGUUGCCCAUCAUGACCGUCGUUGUCUUGACGCCGCGUCCGAAGCGCUUCCUCUUGUUGAAGGCGGCCUUCUUCCUGCGCAGCGUCUUGGCAUCCCGGUCGUGGAUCCAGUCGUCGCGUUGGCUCUCCCACUUUAGCUGCUUCACGCCUGCACACCAAGCCGCCACAAAUUUCGUGAUAAACUUCCCGACACGAGGACAAUUUGGGGUCACUACUACUCUGAAGUUCAUUUUUACGGGACGAGGACCUUGAAAGUAAAACUUAUUGUCAACUGGAGGCACUACCGUAGAGUACAAUAAUCCAGACUCAAACUAAAAAGACGACGACUACUACUCGUCGUACAGUUGAAACUCGUUUCAACGUACCCCGAGGGACAUAACUAAUCUGUACGUUAUAAAGCUAGUUUGUUAGCGUUAUAACGCUGCCUUCACAGACAGCAAGAUGUUUUCAGACCAUGUGCUCAGGACGGCGCCGUGCCUCCGCGAGUUACGGCAGGAAGUACAAC